AUGAUACAUAUAUUGUUAUUAGUUAUGUGUCUGGUGGCAACUAUUACUGGCCACAGAGAUCAUGUUGACAGAUCAUACAUUUUUGGUGCACGUGUAUCUAAAACAUCUACUUAUGGCGGAGAGAUAAUGGAAGUGGCACUUCAAAUUUCAAAGGAUAAUGUAGGCAAUUGGUGGUUAAAAGUGCUAAAUAAGGAUAUUGGAUACUUUCCUGCAGCUUUAUUCUCCUCAUUGAAAGGAGCUGAUCAAGUGGGAUUUGGUGGUUAUACUGUAACUCCUGCGGGUACUGAUAGCCCUACAAUGGGUUCCGGACACAAACCUGAUGGUGACUUCACUCAUGCAUCUUAUUUUAGGUUUGUAAAACAUUUGAAUAUAGUUCAAGAACCUGAUGAUCCUCUACCAUUUAUGGUAGAAAUAGAUAAUGAUGCUCCUAAUUGCUAUGGAGUUACGAACUAUGAAGGCAAAAAAAGACAUAUGGGAUAUUCUCUUCAAUUUGGAGGACCGGGUGGUAAAUGUUAA